GAGGGUUUGAGGAAGGGAGCGUUUUCGAGGCAUCUCCGCUGAGGCAUAUCGCCAUGAGAAAACUUCUCUUAGACCAGAGGAACCUGAUGCCGUCGCUGUUCACGAACGUGCCAUGGAGUAUUGCUAGCGAUAUAUGGGCUUUUCUGGUAAGAGACAGACUUUGCAUAUGUGGAAACUUCUCGCCACAGUUUAUCCAACUCAGUUUGCAGAAUUGGAACAAUACCGCUCAUUGAAGAUUGAGGGUCCUAAGCUUUCCAUGAGGGAGUACCUGGGACUGGUGAAGAGCGAUAGCCUGAGCUGGCGGGUUGUAUUGACCCUGGCAACAUCAUAUGCUCGAGUGCCUGAAAUCGUUGGGAUUUCCGAGAUAAAGAAUCUGUGUGCGCUAGAUGUUGCCACACCCGCAAGACCGGACACAUGGCUUGAUAGCACCGACCUACAGUCAACGGCUCUGACUGACCGGAUAGUUCGCUCCUGGAGCGAAUCGGCUCAGACGGGAGAGGCAUUCUCGCAUCUGCGAGUCCUGGUUCUACGGCAUCAGACAAGUCUAUCGAAGAUAGCACUUCACUAUAUGAGAUCGUUCCCGAAAUUGCAAGCGGUCAUCGCAUUCGGAUGCCCUGGAUUCGAGUCUGCACUCUCUGGUGGCGAUGUGGAUGGAUGGACGGUUGCAGAGGUGAAGCGAUCUGCACCGGCUACUCUCCACGAAUACUACGAAGCUAUCUGUAAGGCAGCUGGCGCUGACUCAAUACCAGCAGAAAGACCAAUACUGGACUUCCAGAUCGGCGAGCUGAAAGAUUCCCGUGAAUCAGUCCGCGCACCAUACUCGACCAUGUAUCUCCAGCGCACAGGCGGCGCUCCUGUGGGAGAUCCUGACCUAACGACCAGGAAGCGAAAAUGGGCCGUCGAAUGUCCGCGCGAACAGUCUCGGAGGGGAAAGGCCGUUAUGAAGGACCGCACUCGGGAUAUUGGUGAUGUGCUUAGCAGCUUUUUCUAG